AUGAAUUUGAAGUAACCGAAGAGGUCCCAAAAAUAGCUCCAAACCCUCCUCAAGUUAACAUGCCGGUUGGUCCUGUACCUGUCAAACCAACAGGUGGCUUGUGUUUGCUUGGUACAUAUGAAGACAGCGAUGAUGAAGACAGCGAGAUGACCGAGAAAGCAGCACAAUCUGCAGAUGCAAAUGGAAAUAAUUCAGCAGACAUCGAUAGUACUCUGGCUAAUUUUCUAGCGGAGAUAGAUGCAAUUACCGCUCCUUCCCAACCUCAUGAAGCCACUGUGCCAACUACA